CGUGUCCAUGUACCUCGUACAUUUUGCAUAUGCGCAUCCUUGUCCACAAAGCCUACACCCAUGGGAAUGGCAGUCGAGGCAGCGCGGAAGAGCGUACUGAGUAACGAACGAAUCUAUGAUUCAAGUGACGAGGACGAGAGCGAACCUUCCUCUGAGCAGGAAAUUCCAAACCAAAAGUCGAAAUCAUCUCAACUGAAGACCCCGAAUGGGAUCAAGACUACGUCGCGGAAGACCAGUCGGAAUCUGCCGUCUUCGGAUGGGACAACUCCUACAACAGCAUCAGAUAACGACACCGACGAAGAUAAGGACGAAGAACAAGAGGGAAGUCAGAAGCCUAGUAGCGAGGUAGAAGACGAGGAUGAGGAGGAGGCAGAUGAUUCCGACAGGGAGUCAGCAUUGAGUUCGAAUUCUUCAUCUAGCCGAAAGAGACCAUCCCCAAGAAGUCCAGAGACCCCGUCAAGCAAGAGGGUUAAGACUACCACAAGAGACCAAGUCAGCAUCCCUCCCAAACCCUUCAGACCGCCCAAAGGCUACGAACCGCUCACGUGGUCGGCAUCGGACUAUGCGUCCGACAUGGAUCUCUUCGACGAUUUGUCCAAUAAACAAAUCUGGCACAUUUCUGUACCCAGUUCCGUCUCCAUCGACUCCAUCAAAGAGCUCGACAUCGAGGCGGUGCUGAGGGGACAACCGAUCCUGAGUCGGAAUGGCGUCGACUACGGCAUGAACCCUCUGCCGUCCAAGGACGAGGUCAUCCUCCUGCCUCGCGGCUCCGACGGGAAGUACCAACAAUGCUCCGCGAAGAUUGAAAGGAGCUUCCACAUGCGGGAGCUCGACACGACCAAGUCCAAAUCUCAGCCAAAGGCGGCUACACCGGUGGUCUUCACAGCGACGCAGACCGGCGCCCCCAAGCAAAUCCGAAAACAGCCCGAAGGACUCAAGAUGCGCUACGUGCCCUAUGGCGUCUCUCCGUCACCGAGGAGCCAAGAAGAAGAUGUGGAGAUGCGUGAUACAUUGCGCAUUCCACCCGACGUCGACGACCAGACGUCUUCCUCCCCAGCACAGUCUAGAAAAGCACGACCGAAACAGACCAAUGGAGAACGAGGCAACGAAAAGAGUCCGGAGAAGAAGCUGCGGGGUGCAGACACGCCAGCCUCGAGCGAGAAGAAGAAGAAAAAGAAGCGGAGGCUGGUAGAUGAGCAGGUGUUGUAGGAAGGAAGGGGGUGAGCAAAGAUGGGCCGGCUGAUAGAUUUCCCUUGGCUGGUGCUGAUGGGUGUUGGAUGGGCAAGCGAUCUUGUAUCUCCGUAUAAUAGCACAGUAGGUGACUAUUCUCAACGCGGUAUUGUGAUGCUAUGCUCCACCGUAAUCCCAGACCCUGCAGGCCUGGC